CUGAAGAACCUCAAUCAUCAGCACGUGUGCCGCUUGUACCAAGUCAUGGAGACUGCUGACCAGAUCUACAUGGUGCUUGAGUUUUGUCCGGGUGGAAAUCUGUUUGACCACAUCGAUAAUAACGACAGGUUGUCGGAGGAGGAGACGCGCAGGAUCUUCCGUCAGAUCGUCUCGGCGCUGGCCUACGUCCACAGCCAGGGAUACGCCCACCGUGACCUUAAGCCAGAAAACAUGAUGCUGGAUGAGAAGAACAACAUCAAGCUCAUCGACUUUGGUCUCUGUGCCAAACCAGAGGGUGGAUUGGGUACUGCUCUGAUUGAGGGCUGUGGAACCCCUCCCUACUUGGCACCAGAAAUCAUUGAUGAUAAACCCUAUCUUGGUGCAGAGGCAGAUGUUUGGAGCUUGGGUGUUGUCCUAUAUGACAUGCUGUGUGGCUACCUCCCGUUCGAUGGUGACAACUUUGAGGAGCUCCAUGAACAAAUCACUAAAGGACAUUAUGACACUCCUGACUGGCUGUCUCCUGGUUCUGUACUGCUGAUUAAGGAAAUGCUGCAGGUGGUUUCAGAGCAGCGCAUAAAGGUGGAGCAUCUGCUGGAUCAUGAGUGGGUAAUGAAGGGGUACAGCAGCCCUGUGGAAUGGCACAGCACAUGCCCGACAGUCCAACCAAAGCACCAAGCAGCUGGUGUCUGAGUAGAAGUUUGAUCAGACCACAGCUACGUAUCUUUUGCUCUUGAGAAGGAAGCAGCGCAGUAGUCCAGUGUGUAGCUGAGCGGACGUGUAAGAAAUCCAGCAGGAGACGUCGUCGGUGCGACAAGGAGGGAUGAUGAUGGCGCCAUCCAAUCAGGACACGCUACAUCUCAAUUUCACAUUUCAGUGAUUGUUGCAGGUGUUUCUCUCUAACCCAUCCUCUCUCUCUCUCUCUCUUUUACCAGAACGAUGCAUUUUGGGUAUCUGUGUGUGACUGGUUAGAGGAACUCCACUGAGGUGCCGCCCUUGUUGAUCCACACAGCUGUAUGAGAAGUGUAGAACAUGGAUGACCAGGAUCAACAAGCCUUAAAAUGUUAUAACAUUGAAUAAAAAAUAAAUAAACUCACUGAAUAUA